GCUCAACCACUUCCUUUAUUGGUAGACCAGGGUAGGGCAACUCUGGAUCAAUUGGAAACUGAUGAAGUUCACAUGUCAAGCUGUUGUGAAGAAAAGUAGUUUUUCUUAAUUUCUACAUUUGACUUAAAAUGUGUAUUGCUGAAUGGAAGUGUGAACAUGAAAUACUAUUGUGAAUAGAAAUGUUUCAGAAAACAUAUUAAACAAUUCCUUAAUUUAUUGUAAAGACUAAUAUUGUGCUUUGCAGUUGCUUUAAAUCCAUGUGGAUACACUUAAUGUUGGUAUGUUUAACAAUCUGUCUAGGUUGAAUUCUCUAACUGAAGGAAUUUUAUUAGCAUCUGCUGAACAGCUCUGUUCAUUAACAUCACCUAGAAGUAGAACGUUAGUUCGCAACGGGGGUCAACGCCCACGUAAGUAAUGCAAAUGUAGUUAUAUGUCUUUUUACCUAAAUCUGUUGGGCAGAAAUUUGUUUAAUUCAGACUGCAUGUACAGAAACACCUACUGAGUUUUAUAUACUAAAUUUUAAAGGAAUAAAACAUUUGGUGAUGUAUUGUACUUCAUUCAUAGGACAUCCGAAUGGCACAUGCUGUUCACAGGAUUUGUUUAGUGAUUUAAAAGUUCAUGAAGUUCAUCUCUGAAAUGUUUUGUUUUAUAGCCCUAACACCUAGCAAGUCUGCAUCUGACAACCCUUUCAUGUUGCGGUCCAAAUCAGUAGACAGAAUAGGUAUGUAGUGUUUUCCUUUGUAUCUACAUUUAUUUUUUUUUUUUAUUCAAGUCAGUUCCUUAAUAUGAUUUCUCUUCAAUGCAAAUAUGUCCUUAUUUAAAAGUUACAACCAUGACUGGUCUGAUUGUUGUUAAACAGCUUCUUUUCCUAAAAAAUAUUUAAUUACCCUUUUUUUAAAAAUAAUAAUUUAGAAUUAUAUGAGUUUUGAAUGUUUCUUCCCCCGGGUCAUGUAAAGAGAGAGAGAGCCCCAGUCAGAAUGACUUGACUGGACCUGUAGUCAUGAGAAGACACGGCAGUAAACUUUCCUAUGGAUCUAAUGAUUCAGCAGGAAGUAGCAGCAGUGCAGGACAGUCCAAGGUAACAUACAGUUUGACUGGAGUUGGUCCACCUCUCUUUGAUUUAAUUUAUUAGAAUCAUCUUACACAGGCUUAUUGACCAUGGCUUAACAUCAAUAGAGACUCCAGCCCAGAUGUUUAAAUCUAUAUGACAUACGCAAAUAGUGUACCAUUGGAAAGAGCUGGCUAUUAGCUUUCACAAUAAACCAAGACCAUCUUUCUUUCACAUAUAGAAGAAAAGCUAUGAUUUUUUUAUUGUCAUCUUUAUUUCCUCCUAAUUUAGCUUUGUAAUUUAAUUCUUACAGCUGUGAAUGAAUUAUUACACUUCUUGAGCUAUUAUGUUUGUAACUUGUUAUUAAAGAUACUGCAAUAAAAAUAUGAGGAGACAUUGACAAUACAAUUUUUAACAAAACGAAAACACAUGAAUUAAAUAUAAAUUAUUUAUUGAUAAAAUAUGAUCAGAUAUGGAUAGAGAGGGCAGGGAGUAACAACAGUUGCAGAACUCAACAUUUUUUUUUAUAUAAAGGGGCAUAACUAUUAAAGUAAUAAAGCUAUUUCAUUAAAAAAAAUUCCACAGAAAUAGAUAGCCUUCAUCUGAGAGUAAUGAAGUUUUAUAAAUUAUUCAAUCUCAGUUUAAGAAAAUUAACCUGUGUAUUUUAAAUAAAAAAAGAAUGGAGUCCGACAGAUUGGGACCUUACAAUACUUAAUCCUAAAUUUUUAAGCUAAUAGAGCUAAUGUAAUAAAAUUUUCCACAAUAACAGUGUCAGCUAAAAGUAAAGAAAUUUUUAUUCAUUUAAAUAAUUGACCUCCACAUUAAGAAAAAUUUGAUGAAAGGCGACCAUGGCAGAACAUUUAAAUUGAUAAUUUUAAAAACAUAAAGCGCUAUUGUAAUAAAAUAUUCCACAGUAAUAAUUUAUUGUAUCUAUUUUAAAUGAAUUUUUUAAGUAAAUAUGUAACUGAAAUGUUGAGUGAGUCAACAGAGAUCACUUCUAUGUUGGCAGGGCAAAGGCAGCAGAGUGAGCUCUAUAGCAGACCUUUCUGGGAUUGUAAGAAGCCAGUCAGUGCUCCAUAUAGAUCUGCCCCAUGAUGUUCUGUCAGGAGCCAGGUAACUGAACUACACAAAUGGUGUCUAACAGAUGCCGCAUGUGGGGCUGAUAUUGCUUUAGACUAGAGUAAUCAUCACUUACUUGUCCCUUAAUUCAAUUUUGCUUAACCCUUUACGGGGCAGAGCGGCCGAAAACGUCUUUACCACUUAAAGGGCAAAAACGCCCAAAAGCGUCCGUGACGACUUAGUGUUGUUUUCUCGUGACCUCCGAGGCUAUGCGAGACUUCCUAUUGUUUACAUCCGCUUUUUCCGAUAGAUAAAAAGAGUAGGCGCCAGUUACAAGUAUUUAAUCAAUUUUUUUUUAGUUUUAGUGGUUUAAAAAAAAAAUUUUGUGGAAAUGGACUUUGCCAAUUAUUGGCCGAUUAUUCAAGUGAUAGCGGAGAUUUCGAUGGAUUCAAUUAAAGUGACAUUUAAGUGCACGAAUUGACUGUAAAUUGGAACUAGAUGUUUAUAUUAUUAGUAAUAUUAGUGAAAUCAGCGUAGUAAGCAGUGUUGAAUUUUACAAACUUCAAUUUUGUGGCAGUGUUUUUAAAUAGUAAAUAGAUGACUCACAAUCACAAACAAUAUGUUGUUUUUGCAAAUAAUUGUGUUCAUAUAAGAAUUAAUGGCAACAUGUGAGUACAAUUAUAAAUCUGCAUUCAUUUUCCUUUAUUUUGUUUUUUAUUUCACACAAAUCUGUUGACUAAAACCUUAGAUUUGAUUUUUUUUGUAACGUCACCCUAAAUUUUACUAAAAAAUGGAAAAGUGGUACCCGUUCAGGACAUGCAAGAGGAAGUACCUCUGCCCCGUAAAGGGUUAAUAGAAUUAACUGGUUGACAUGCAUUAACAUUUAAGGAUUUAUUAAUUUUUAUUUAGCUGUGAUGCAUAAGUACACAAUUACAGUUAUUUAAUAAAAAUAUUCUUUUUUAAACAUUUGUUUAUAUUCCUACAAUAAAAUUGCAUCAAAUACAAUUGACAUCAUAUUUGUUUCUAUUCCAUAAAGUGCAUUGUGAUAAAUUUCAUUGUGGGGAAAAUUGUAUUUUGUUGGAUAAGAAUUUCUUCGGUACAAAACCCCUAUAAACAACCUCUUUCCUCAGACUAAGCAGAGGCAAAGAUAACACCUUGUUCAACUAUGUGUACUUAGAGUCAGGGGAGGGCAUUCUCAUUUGUCCAACAGAGGCUGAACUCAGUGAAGUUCAUUCAAACUUACAACAGGAAGUGAUUCAAAAUUUCUGUCUUUCUUGCCAGAAAAUCAGACCAUUGUUUGCUCAGCAGGUAUUUUCAUGAUAAAUUUAACUAAUGAGAAGUAAAAUCACUGGCACUUUGUUUUAAUUUUGUAGGCAAUAACAUUUAUACUAUCCAUGAUCUUUUAAAAAAAAAAAAAAAAAAAAAAAAUUACAUAAACAUUGCUACUGGCAGGUACCAAAGAGUGAUUCAAGUGAAAUUGAGCCCUCAUUGUUCAGUACAUCCAGGCUGAUAGAUACAAGCUACAUUGAGGCCGGUGUUUUAUUCCAUUGUGCAUUCCAGUCAAACAUUGACAGAAAACAGCAAGUCUCAAGCUUAGGCUACUGGGUCAUUGGGUACGUGUAUAUAUGUACGAAUUUUUAACUUUAUUUAUAGACUGUGCUAGCUUUUUGUUGUUGUUAGAAAAUGAAAUCAUUGAAUCUUUUGAUACUGCAAAGAAGGUUAGUGUAAAAUUAGGUUUGCGUUGAUAUAUUCCACCACUUUCCCCAGUUAUUACUGAUUUCUUGUCAAGAAUUUUGAAAAAUAACUACCUCUAUUUGUGUCAGUGUUGCCCUUCACCAAAACAACCGUUAAUACUUUUAGACCUCCAUUUUAAAACAAAGCUACUGCCAGAAAUACAUGUUGCAAGAAGACGCCCGGUCAUUAUUUCUUCCUUGCUCUGCAGACGAUGUUGGUCAAGCCCAAGUCACCAGGAAAUGUAUGUCUGUUGCCAUGAGUCUGCCAACCAGGCCUUGGUGGAAAUGGCAUUUUCCAUUGGAUUUGGAACAUGAUGGCCACUGCUGACUAGAGCCUAAUUCCCUGUGUGAAUGCCAUGUUUGAUUGGAGACAUUGUGGUCAAGAACCAUUACACUCAUGGAAUCAUAAAGUUGCUAACAGAACUGUUACACUCAUAGAGUUAUUAAGUUUCAGACAUUUGUAAACAGAAAUAAAUAGGCUUGAAUGGAGUCUAAUACAUGGUUACCUUAGAAC